GUCCCGGAACCGUAGUUUCCACUCCCAGUUUGUGCAUCAGGGAAUCAGAGUUGAAACAGAGUUUCUACAGCAGGAGGCAUUCAGUAGUUUGAUUCUGUUAAAAUGGGACUAAAUUUGAUGGAAGUUUGGAUACCAGUUUUACUUCUAGUUUCCUCAGCUACAAGCUCUAACAUUUGCACUUCCAGAGGAGUGAGUAGCUGUAAAGAAUGUCUGUCGAUCCAUCCAACCUGUGCCUGGUGCACUCAGGAGAUCUUCGGAAAGGGAGGGUCAAGUUUGUCCCGGUGUGAUGUCAAAGACAGUCUCAUUCAGUCUGGUUGUGGCGUAAGGUUUAUUGAGUUUCCAGUUAGCAGCAUGAGGAUCCUAGAGGAUGUACCGCUGAGUAACAAGGCAGGGGUUUCAGCCAGCGACAUCACUCAGAUCCAACCACAAAAAAUCCACCUGACCCUCAGGCCAGACGAUUCAAAGCAAUUCACCGUCAAAGUGAAGCAAGUAUCUGAUUACCCAGUUGACCUGUAUUACCUGAUGGACAUGACCAACACCAUGAAGGACGACCUGCAGAAGCUUUAUGCCCUUGGCAAUGAUCUGGCCAGUGCCUUGCGUGUUGUCACCAGUAAUCUACAAAUGGGAUUUGGAGCUUUUGUAGACAAAACGCUCUCACCUUAUAUGUACAUGUACUCUGAAGAAGUCAUCAAGAACCCUUGCCAUAAGUCUAUUGAACCCUGCCCACCGCAAUUCGGCUAUCGUAAUGUACUGUCUCUGACGGAGCAGGUAGAGCGGUUCACGGAGGAAGUGAAGAAACAGAAAGUGUCCAGAAACAGAGAUGCCCCUGAGGGCGGAUUUGAUGCUAUCAUACAAGCAGUAGUAUGCAAGGAAAAGAUUGGAUGGAGGCCUGAUGCAUCUCAUUUGCUGAUCUUCACAAGUGAUGACAGAAGUCAUUUGGCUUUGGAUGCCAAGCUGGCUGGAAUCGUCCAGCCCCAUGAUGGAGAGUGCUAUAUCAAUGACAACAAUGAAUAUGACAAGUCCACUAUACUGGACUAUCCCUCACUUGGCAUGAUCACGGACAAGAUAUCUGAGAAUAACAUCAACCUCAUCUUUGCUGUAACCAGCACUAUGGUGCCAUUAUAUCGUAAUUACAGUGAGCUGAUUCCUGGUUCUGCAGUUGGAACGCUCACUAAAGACUCUGGAAAUGUUGUGCAACUCAUUCUGGAUGCAUAUGCAAAGAUCAGGUCUAAGGUUGAGCUGGAGCUGUUGGGUGUGCCGGAUGAGUUAUCUCUGUUCAUCAACGCAACAUGCAUGGGUGGAGAGGUCAUUGCAGGUGUCCGGUCCUGCGACGGACUCAAAAUCGGAGAUAUGGUUUCAUUUAACAUUGAGGCGAAACUUCACGGCUGUCCCAAAGAAAAGAGUCGGACCUUCAUCGUGAAGCCAAUGGGCUUUAAAGACAGCCUUCAUGUCACUGUGGACUUUGCCUGUGAAUGUAGCUGUCAGCAGUCCUCCAAGCCCGCCAGCCCGUCCUGUCACUACGGCAAUGGAACCCUGGAGUGCGGCGUGUGCCUGUGCGAUCCGGGCCGACUGGGCUCUCGAUGCGAGUGCUCCGAGGGCGAAUAUAAACCCAGCCAACAAGGCAGCUGCAGCCCCAACCCAGAAACCCCGGCCUGUAGCGGACGCGGAGACUGUGUGUGCGGCCAAUGUGCCUGUCGCUCGAGUGAAUUUGGGAAGGUUUGGGGGCCGUACUGUGAAUGUGACGACUUCAGCUGCCUCCGUUCCAAAGGACUGAUGUGCUCAGGUAAUGGUGAGUGCAACUGCGGGUCCUGUCACUGUAGUCCGGGAUGGUCUGGCGAGAGCUGUGACUGUUCGACCCGCACAGACACAUGUAUGGGGAGUGGAGGAAUGCUCUGUAGUGGGCGUGGACACUGUGUGUGUGGUGUCUGUGAGUGCACUCAGCCAGGAGCUUAUGGAUCAACCUGUGAGAAGUGCCCCACCUGCCCAGAUGCCUGCACCAUCAAAAAGGAGUGUGUGGAGUGUAAACACUAUAAGAGAGGGGAUCUAUUUGAGAAGAACUGCAAUCACGUCUGCAGAGAUGAGAUUGUGCCGGUGGAUGAGCUGGUCUUUCGCGAGAAGAACGCAGUGAACUGCAGCUACAAGGAUGAGGAUGACUGUGUUCAGAACUUCCAGUAUUAUGAAGAUGCCAGUGGAAAAUCCUUUCUCUAUCUUGUUAAAGAAGCAGAGUGUCCGAAGGGUCCUGACAUCUUGGUGGUUGCUCUAUCGGUUGCUGGUGCGGUCCUGCUGCUGGGUUUGGCUGCGCUUUUGGUGUGGAAGCUCCUGAUCACCAUUCACGACCGUCAUGAAUUUGCCAAGUUUGAGGAAGAGAAAGCCAAGGCUAAGUGGGAAGCGGCUAAUAAUCCGCUCUACAAAGGAGCCACCAGCACCUUCCAAAAUGUGGCGUAUCGUGGCAGUUAAGAAGGAAACCACAUCUGCUUCUGUCAAGAACAACCACUGAUCAUCUCUACAACAUGUCUCAGCCAGGAAUACGCUUUAAUCUUAAAUAACUUUAAUCUUAUAUGAAUGUGUAUAGAACAGGAUCAAUUAGCUACAGUUUGAACAUGGUCAGUGCAACAGCAAUUACAAUUUUUAAUAAUUCAA